AAAAUUUUUCGAUGCGGAAAGGGUAUAAUUAUCAGCAAACGCCCUCUUGAUCUCUCUUUCUUUCAUACCACCACAUCCUCUCCCUUCUUCACUUUUUCUUUCUUUCUGUACUGUUAAGUGAGUAUCGUCGUCGUUGUCGUCUUCUUUUCUACAUCAAUCUGCAUAUUCUGUUUCUUGUACCUCUCCAUCGUUAUCCAAAUCAUCAUCCGCCGCCCUGUCGUCGUAUACUGACACACCAUUUCUUCAUAGAAAUACAUCAAAAUGGGAAAGGAAAAGACCCACGUUAACGUCGUCGUCAUCGGCCACGUCGAUUCCGGAAAAUCAACCACUACUGGCCACUUGAUCUACAAGUGCGGUGGUAUCGAUAAGCGCACCAUCGAGAAAUUCGAGAAGGAAGCCGCUGAACUCGGCAAAGGCUCCUUCAAAUAUGCAUGGGUGCUUGAUAAGCUCAAGGCUGAGCGUGAGCGUGGUAUCACGAUCGAUAUCGCCCUCUGGAAGUUCGAGACACCAAAAUACAUGGUUACUGUCAUUGAUGCCCCUGGACACCGUGACUUCAUCAAAAACAUGAUCACCGGUACCUCCCAGGCUGACUGUGCCAUUCUUAUCAUUGCUGCUGGUACUGGUGAGUUCGAGGCGGGUAUCUCCAAGGAUGGUCAGACCCGUGAGCACGCCCUUUUGGCGUUCACGCUCGGUGUCCGCCAGCUCAUUGUUGCCGUCAACAAGAUGGAUACUACCAAGUGGAGCGAGGACCGUUUCAAUGAAAUCGUCAAGGAAACUUCGACUUUCAUAAAGAAAGUUGGCUACAAUCCCAAAGCCGUUGCAUUCGUCCCUAUUUCGGGCUGGCACGGUGACAACAUGUUGGAAGACUCCACCAACAUGCCAUGGUACAAAGGUUGGACCAAGGAAACCAAAGGUGGUGUCGUCAAGGGCAAGACCCUUCUUGAUGCCAUCGACGCCAUCGAGCCCCCCGUUCGUCCUUCUGACAAGCCUCUCCGGCUUCCUCUCCAGGAUGUCUACAAGAUUGGUGGUAUCGGCACAGUACCAGUAGGCCGUGUCGAGACUGGUGUCAUCAAGGCUGGCAUGGUCGUCACGUUUGCACCUUCGAACGUUACCACUGAAGUCAAGUCCGUCGAAAUGCACCACGAGCAGCUUGUUGAGGGUGUUCCUGGUGAUAACGUCGGUUUCAACGUCAAGAACGUCUCUGUCAAGGAUAUUCGUCGUGGUAACGUCGCCUCCGACUCCAAGAACGACCCCGCCAAGGAGGCUUCAUCUUUCACUGCUCAGGUCAUUGUCCUCAACCACCCUGGCCAGAUCGGUGCUGGCUACGCUCCUGUGCUUGAUUGCCACACCGCCCACAUCGCCUGCAAGUUUGCCGAGCUCAUCGAGAAGAUUGACCGUCGGAGUGGCAAGUCGCUCGAGCAGGCUCCUAAAUUUGUCAAGUCCGGUGAUGCUUGCAUCGUGAAACUUGUUCCAUCCAAACCCAUGUGUGUGGAGUCCUACAACGAGUACCCACCUCUCGGUCGUUUCGCCGUCCGUGACAUGAGACAGACUGUCGCUGUCGGCGUCAUCAAAUCCGUCGAGAAGACUGACAAGACUGGAAAGAUGACCAAGUCUGCGGAGAAGGCCACCAAGAAGAAGUAAACGAUUGUAGAAGUAGUGUAUCGAUCUUCUUUGUUUUUCUCUGUUUCCUUAGUUUUACUUCUCGGUAUACAUACCUGCAUAUCUGUAAGCACAUCAAUGAAGACAGCGGGAUGCAGUAUUCCCCGCCCACGAAAGCGCUCGAAUCAAAACAAUCAC